UCCGUGCUCGGACUUUCAGCCUGGGCGACAGACGCUCCGUAUGGCUGGAUGGACAAAGACGCCGGCAUGAUACAUCCCGACAUUGGUCCUCCCACUAACCCUGACCAGCUUCAUGCUACGCUACUGGUUUUUAUCCUGACGGCUUGCUCAACACGUGGUUCACGAUGGUGAAGGUGCAACCAAAUUUGUCACGGUACCUAUCGAGGUGGGUCGUUAUCUGUUGGGUAUCUCUAACCCGUGCAGGGAGCCCCGAGAUUUACCGAUGCUCAUCAUGUCGCAUCAAUGAUCAGUACAUCAGCACCGGUGAAAACCGUAUCAUACGGCGAAGAUGCCAACUGGGGCCGUAUCCGUCUAGUUCUGUUCCACUCUCCGCGCCCAUCGACCCCUACCACGUGAAUGUCAUGUUCAUUCCCGCAGAUAGCAGUACUCCAUCCCCUGUUCUGGUGCGCGUAAAGGGGAUCUUGAGCGAAGAAGACUUUGAAAUUAAGGUUCUCGCCCUGGGCGGCGAGAGCGCCCAAUAUUGGACGCGUGACUUUGGCUAUACUGCUGUGUUUGUUGGAUGUGUUUCAUAUCGAUGGAUUUCUAAUCGCUGUUGGGGGUGUGUAUGGGAUUUACAGAUGUCGAUUUGAUCUCGGAUAUACUAUCAGCAAUGUCAUUAUGCUGUAGCGGUGCUUUUGAUGGUCACCGCGUGAUGAGACCGGGGAUCUACAGAACUCAAUGUGAAGAUCAUUAUGGUCUCCUGCCAGCUAUUGAUUCAUUACAGAGUUCGGGCGCAAGCCGUGUUGCGUCCGGAGAAAUUUACACA